AUGAAGAUCCUCACUAAAGAAGAAGAAGAUGCUCACUACCGCGAGGUCGUCAAGGGCGGCACCAUCGGUGGUCUCAUCGGUCUGGUCGGCGGCGCAGCAGGUGUCCUCGCCGCCACCAGGCGCUACCAGACAAUUCGCAACCUCACUCUCCCCAUGAAGUCCUUCCUCGUGACCUCCUCCGGUACCUUCGUGGGUAUCAUCAGCGCCGACCAUGCCUCUCGCAGCUUCGAAGCCCAACGCAACGCCAGUCGCCAAUGGUACGAGAACCGCGAGGAGCGUCUCCGUCAGGAAGAAUUGUCGCACCUCUCCCCGAUCGAUCGCGCUCUGCAGUGGGCCCGUCGCGAGAAGUACAAGAUCGUCGGUGCCACAUGGGUGGCUAGUAUGAUCGGUAGUUUCGCCAUGGUUAACCGGAACAAGCACCUCAGUGGCUCGCAGAAGAUUGUCCAGGCGAGAGUUUACGCCCAGGGCUUGACCCUCGCUGUGUUGGUGGCCAGUGCGGCGUUUGAGAUCCAGGAUCAGAGGAAGGGUCGCGGCUUGCUGCAGGAUAAGAUGAAGGCCGAGAAGCAGGCUGCUGAGGAGAGGAAGAAUUCUGAGCAGGAGCACACCGGUGAUCUGUGGAAGGACAUGGUUGCUGCCGAGGAGGAUAGGUUGAGGAAGAGGAAGAUGAGUCUGUCGGAGUCGGAUUACUUGCACCCUCAUAAUAAUGGGCAGGAGAAGAAGGUUGAGGAGGUGAAGGAAGAGAAGGAGGAAGAGCCUAAGAAGGAAGAGGCGACGGAGAAGAAGAAAGAGUAA